AUGGAAAUAGCUGACGUAAAUCACGACCAGAAACAACCGGAACCAGAUGACAACGGAAUAAGGGCUAGGCGACGCCCUUUAUCACAGCGAAGAGAACAAGCAGAGGACAUAUUCGACGAGAUUGAACAGCAAGGCUACGCUUCCUUCGAGGAAGGCCCUCUAUCUCUAGUGGCUCUGCGACUAGUUAUGACCGAAAUAUCGACGGCUGGGAGCAUCGAUAUCAUCAACAAGUGCACUGAGAAAUCAGUCGACCGUGGGUAG